AUGGCAAAUAUUCUAGAAGCGGCACCAAAUAAUCGAAUAACGGCAGAAAGAGCCGCGCGCAGCCCGAAGUGCGCCAGGUGUCGGAACCACGGCUUCGUCGUCCAGUUAAAAGGCCAUUCGGGAAGAUGUCAGUUCAAACAGUGUUUGUGCUGGAAGUGCUCUCUCAUCAACGAGCGGACGAGAAUCCUCGCAUCUCAACGACGGAUUAGAUCCGUUCAGGGAAACGAGUCACCGGGUACCGUUCGUCCCGAGCAGACCGCUCUAUCCGGCAGAAAAACGGUCUCCGCGGGUAACAAUAAAUCAACCAACCGGGUUAACGGUGACACCGACGCCAGCGCAAGAAAGGAGAGUACUAUUAAUUCGCCCGUUGACGAUACAACGUACAUCGAGCUCCAUGCGCCUAGCAGCACGCGCGGUCCCCUAAACUUGAGCGCGGUUUAUCGGGAUCCGAAGACACCGGCGGGACCGAGUGGCACUGUUGGAGAUGCACCACCUUUUCCUGGAGAGUGCAUAAUUAAAGAGGCAGUUCCAGGGCAAAUGUAUCCAGCAGAGAUGUUCGCAAUGCCUCUUCCCCUGUACCAACAUUACCCGGACAGAUACACGUUCCCGGCCGUGCUGGUGACCCUGAGACCACCUGCACCAGGAGCCUUCAGGGAACAUGUCGGAUUUGUUCCCUUGCCACCAGGGGCGCUGUCCCAUCCACUGGAGGCUCAUGAAUGGCAAAUCCAUGUUCCGCAUUAUAGUCCGUACCCCCCAUAUGCAGGGAUGAGAGAUGAGCACUUCCAGCAUUCACACAGUCACAUGGAGGGAGAGCCAGGAAGAUCUGAGCUUUCUCCUCAAGUCGCAAGAGUCCCAGAAAGUCAAGUUUGUGGUAUCCAGCAAACAGAUGCUGUACCUGUUGACAGUCUUUCCUCAAGAAACGCAGAUGAGAACAGAUGAGACCUUCGGUUUCACGUCGACUGAUACCACAUCAUUUGUAUAAGAAAUGCAUUUGUUGAUUCCUUUUCAAAAAUAUUUUUCCAUAUUCUUCUAUUUCCAGUAGCAUCUACUUGUUCAUUA